AUGACCUCCAAACUCGAAUCGCUCCCCAACGAGCUCCUCGAUCUGAUGUUCCAUCUUACCCCAGACCGGACCACUCUGCACUCCCUCUGCCUCGUCUCGCGCUCCAUAAACCGCCUCGCAACCGCUCACCUCUACACACAUAUUACCCUCCUCGGCGACGACUUCAAGUACCUACGUCCCCUGGCCCUCUUAUUUUGGACCUCAGCUCCCCACCGCGAAGCUGUCCGUUCCUUCGCUGUGCAUCACGCUUAUGGUGGGAAUCUGGAUCCGUGGCCCAAGCACGUGAGACAGGAAGGGUUGAAGGAAGGGGAGCUGGAGGGAAUUAUCAGGUGGAACGUAGAAGCCUAUGUAAACAAGGGAGAUUGGGAGAGAUGGUAUGAAGAGGUGAGGGAUGGGAGUGAUAGUACGCGGAUUGCGAGUUUGUUGCUGAGGAGUUGUCCGAGGUUGGUCAGGAUGCAGUUACCGGGAUUUGAACUUGUGGAUCCGGGCGCGAGGUGA